GUUCGCUCCUCAGCUUUGGCUCGAGCGUUGGACCGAAAGUGCUCAGCGAACGGAGACGACCAGCUGCGUCCGGCGCGCCAUGGAGUCUGAGAAGGUCGUUGAUGUGUGGUCCCAAGAGGCCUAUCAGUCCUCCUACCGGACUUCUUAUUGCAACCACGAGCAGAACUUCGCGGAUCAUGUGGAUCGGGUGCAAUCCUCCAAUGCUGUCCGUUUGCUCUUGAAGAGUGCAGGAGACCCGGGCGCGGCCCUGCACAUGGGCACAUGGGAUGAAGCCGCACGAACGGGCGAAGGCACCGAACGACCUGCUUCGCGGAUGCUGGUGAAAGAAUCUACCUACCGCGCCAGCUACCGGCAUGAUGGUUCCCUUCCGGACUUGGAUCCUCACCUGGAGAGCUUUCGGCCCGUGGUGAUUCCCAAACGCCCUCGCACAUCGGCGGGGAGCUUUUGAAACCGGGCCAGCGCUGAGAGCAGCCAGUUGGGCCGGUCCAAAUCACCCCAUGGGGUUGCCAGUUGACCGAUCUGGCUGCCAGCAUGAAGAC